AUGGGAGCAGUUGCACAGAUAUGCUACAGACCCUCAGCACGAAAAGCCCAUGUCAGAAGAGUCCGGAGCUCGGUAGGAGUCAAUGAAGUUGGAAUUCAUGAACCCCCACUGAAGUCUCCUACAGUGAAGGGCCAGGACAUUACCUUUUUGGAAGAAGAUGCUAAGGGAAUCCAGCAGCCACAUGACGAUCCUUUGGUAGUGACAAUGGUCGUGGCCAACUACGCGAUCCACCGUGUACUAAUCGACAAUGGUAGUUCUGCCGACUUGUUAUUUAUUGAUGCAUUUGACAAGAUGUGCAUUGGCAAGGAAAGGUUAAGGCCAACAAAGUCCCCCCUUGUUGGUUUUUCUGGAGAAAAGGUUUUCCCUUUAGAUGUAGUCACACUUCCGUUGACAGCCGGGACCAGUCCAAAACAAGUAACCGUGAUGGUUGAUUUUUUAGUGGUGGACUGUCCAUCUACGUAUAAUAUAAUCCUAGGGAGAACAACUUUGAAUGCAAUGAGAGCUGUCACUUUAACAUACCACCUAUUAAUGCGGUUCCCUACAGAGCAAGGCAUUGGUGAGUUAAGAGGUGACCAAGCCACGGCAAGGGAGUGUUAUGCUGCUGCUUUAAGAACAAAAAAGUUACAGGAAGCAUUGGCCAUUGAGAAACCAGAAGGGUUAACUGAGAAGGAACUCAAUCAAAGGGCGGAACCAGUAGAGGACCUCAUAGAGAUCGACUUGGAUGAAGAAAGAGCUGGAAGAAAGGUGAGUAUAGGGUUAUUACUCAACCCACUCAUCCGAGAUUCACUCGUUCAACUUCUCAGAGAUAACAAAGAUGUGUUUGCAUGGGCACAUGACGAUAUGCCUGGCAUCAACCCCUCCAUUGUGCAGCAUCGGCUCAAUGUGGAUCCAUCUUUCAAACCGGUCAGACAGAAAAGCAAGUGGAGGCUUUGUGUUGAUUUUACAGAUCUAAAUGAGGCUUGCCCAAAGGAUAGUUUUCUUUUGCCAAUGAUUGAUAUGUUGGUUGAAGGAACAGCAAGGCAUGAGUUACUUAACUUUAUGGAUACUUACUCCGGAUACAACCAGAGCCCAAUGUAUGCUCCUAACAGUGAAAAAACUUCUUUUAUUACUGACAGAGGUUUAUAUUGCUAUAAGGUGAUGCCAUUUAGGAAGAAUGCUAGCGCCACCUAUCAGAGGCUAGUCAACACAAUGUUCAAGCAACAGAUAGGGAGAAACAUGGAAGUGUAUGUGGAUGACAUGUUGGUAAAGAGCCUGAAGGCCAAAAACCACUUAGCUGAUUUACAGGAAUCUUUUGAUGUGCUUAGGGCCCAUAAUAUGCGCCUAAAUCCAACCAAGUGCGCCUUUGGAGUAUACUCAAAAAAAAUUCUGGGGUAUAUGGUAAGCCAAAGGGGAAUCGAGGCAAACCCUGAAAAGAUUCAGAUACUAAAGAAAGCCUUCGAGUGGACCCCAGAGUGCGAGCAAGCAUUCAUUGGGCUCAAAAAUUAUCUCAACUCACCACCAUUAUUGUCCCGAGCAAUUUCUGGAGAAAGUUUGUACCUUUACUUAGCAGUUUCCCCCGCAGCGGUAAGCUCAGCAUUGGUUAGGGAGGAAAACACAAGGAAACUCAGACCAUAUUUCCAAGCACACACCAUAAUAGUGCUAACAGACCAACCACUAAGGCAGGUCCUAUACAAGCCAGAGACGUCAGGGUGCCUCACAAAGUGGUCAGUAGAACUUGGAGAGUUCGACAUACAGUACAAGCCAAGGGUAGCAAUAAAAGGCCAAGCACUUGCUGAUUUUGUGGUUGAGUUUUCUUCUUCUCUAGAAGAUAAUGGGGUCACAGCCGUAGCUGAAAUUAAUCCUGAGAAUCAGAUGCAUUUGGAUGAUGUUUGGUCACUUUAUGUUGACGGGUCAUCCAACGCCCGAGCCUGUGGGGCCGGGUUGGUGAUUAUAUCGCCAGAGGGAGAGAAUCUGAAAUAUGCACUUCGAUUUGGUUUUAGAGCCACCAAUAAUGAAGCGGAAUACGAGGCUUUGAUAGCAGGAUUAAAGUUAACAGAGGCUCUCGGAGUGCAACAAUUGAAGGUGUUUACUGAUUCUCAGUUGAUUGUAGGACAAGUUUGUGAGGAAUACGAAGCCAAAGAUGACAAGAUGAAAUUGUACUUGCAUAAGGUGAGGUGCCUAAUUGGUCGCUUCAAGAAGUUUACAAUCACACAAAUACCCAGAAAUGAAAACGAGAAUACAGUUGCAUUAGCUCGGCUAGCCACCGCAGAAGAGCUUGAGAGUACUAAGGCUAUACCACUUGAGUAUUUGGAAGAGCCUAGUAUAUCCAAAGAGCACAAGGAAGCAAACCAGUUAGCACCGGGGUAG